AUGGCUCAGUCUUUGGGGCAGCGUGGCAGACUUCACCUCAGGGUGCAGCCACUGGAGUCUAAAACCUCACAUCUCAAUCCCCGCCCUUCAGGAGUUCACGGUCUGCUUCAGCAUCAAGUUUGAGGUAUUUAUGGAAAGGGAAAAAAACACUUUUGGAUCAACUGAGGCUACACUGACUUUAAAUAUGUGAACUGAAUGAGUCAAGAGUUUUGAUUUGUUGUUUAGGUCUUGGCUACCUCACCAUGGACGGCCUUCAUGUAUCGUCAUCCUGACGCCCAGUAUGCUGAGCUGGGCUUGGGGGGAAAGUGGGGCCACUUGGUGGUGUGGUUGUUUGGAGUGGAGUGGACCACCGCAAAGAUGACACUGCAGGUGUCAGAGUGGCACGCACUAUGUCUGACAUGGAAACACACUAAAGACAGACCUGCUCUGUACAUCGAUGGCAAACAGGUGGAAAUUUGGUCAGGUGGGUGACGAAAAAAACUGUAUUAAAAACUUGUGAUUUUUCUCCUCUGGUCACUGGUAUAAAGCUUUACUACUCUUUGUAAUGUCUGUCAUACUUCAACUCAAAGCAUUCUCUGAUUCAGAGCAAAAUAUGGCGACAUGAACCAGAAUCAGCAAGUGUUCACGUGUUAUACCAAGUUAGUUGAGACACUGUCGUUGUUGCCGUUUUUCCGCUUAUUGGGCAACAGCUUCUGGAGGGAAGCCCAGACAGCCCUCACCCCAGCCACUUCCACCAGCUCCUCCAGGGGGGAUUCCCAGGCCAGGUGAGAGGCCAGGUCUACUCUGAGCGCCUCCCAAGUGUCCAAGCUCCUUACCCUAUCUCUAAGGCUGAGCCCGGCCACCCUGGGAAGGAAACCAAUUUCGGCUGCUUGCAUCCGCGAUCUUGUUCUUUUCGUCAUUACCCAAAGUUCAUGACCAUGGGUGAGGCUCGGCACGUAGAUCGACCGGUAAAUUGAGAGUCUUGCCUUGCAGCUCAGCUCUUUCUUCAACACGACAAAUCGGUUAAGCGUCUGCAUCGCUGCUGAUGCUGCUCCGAUCCGCCUGUCGAUCUCUCGCUCCAUCCUACCCUCACUUGUGAACAAGAUCUCAAGAUACUUGAACUCCUCCACUUGAGGCAGGACCUCCCCUCCGACCCGGAGAAGGCAAUCUAUCUUUUUGUGACUGAGGACCAUGGCCUCGGACUUGGAGGUGCUGAUUCGCAUCCCAGCUGCUUCACACUGGGCCGCAAACCGCCCCAGCAGGAGCUGAAGGUCACUGCUCGAUGAAGCUAGAAGAACCACAUCAUCUGCAAAAAGCAGCGACGCUGAGAUACUGUAUUUUGUGUUAAACUUGAGAUGAUGUAACCCUAGUCCUAAACUUUUUAUUCUUCUGUUCAAUCACGCUGACCUGCUCUCUCCUCCUCCUCUAGCUCACAGAUCAAACACUUCCUACAAUAACCGAAAACUGGCCCCCAACGGGACUCUCACUCUCGGGGUGUCGCACUGCCUGGUCGAUGGAAACAUCAACAUUAUUUCAUUCACUCGCCUGCUGGGAAACUUAUCUCAGUUUAGGCUUUGGGGUCAAGAACAGGAAGUGACAUCAGUGAGAUGCACAGAGGGGGACCUGGUGAAGUGGGAAAGGGACAACUGGGACACGCAGAUCUGUGCUCCGCUCACUGAUCCCAGCCUGCAGUGUGGUGAGACAAAAUUCAUUUUAACAUUAAACAGACCCAGUGCUUUUAAUUUUUAUUCAUAACAAUAUAAUAAACUGACAUUAAGUUUAGAGACUUAAUGUUCAAUGAUGUCAGCGUUUACAUCGUUUUUGUGCACCGCUCAGUUACUCACUUCAGUGUGGUUCGCCAGUUUCAUUAAGCGUUUUACAGCUUUGUUUUACCUCAAUUUACUGUUUACUGUCCGUCCUCCAUGCUCACAUUAAAUAUUGAUUCCCUGUCUUUCUGUUUGAAGAGUAAAUACAGUAGCCGUUCUUUGAUCAAUAACAUCGGGGGCUGUUGUAGCUUGUUUCUUAUCUGCAAAACUGGAUCCUGCAAGUAACCCUCCUCUGUUCCCUGCUUGACUUGAAUUUGAUGAAAAAAAGUCAAUUUUAUUUAUUCAGUUUUAAAGAAAAUGCUCGAUGUUGUACAUUUAAUUGUAAUAAUUGUAAUCUAUUCCAGUGUUUACUCUGUUGAUGUGUAUCUACACGUCUUUACCUGUGUUUGGUCUUUUGCAGAGUGGUCCUUUUACAAAGUGAGACUGAUGUUCGCUAUUAUACGCUCCGAUGGGAACAAAACGGAGCUCUACAGAGCCAGAGACAUAGCACAUAAAUGGGUAAACUAAACAAAUGAAUACAAGCAUAACAAUUCAGAAACAUGGUAGCUAUUCUUGGUCACGCUUUAAGCUAGUUUGUGAAGCUUUUAUGAGAGGCUCAGUGUAGUUUUGGCUCAGCUACAAAACACAUAACAGGUUCGACCUUACGCAUAAGAUGUCUGUGAAUGUAAGGGCUGCUGGGGUUAUAUUGCACAGAGACAGUAAAUCUCAGAGGCUGUAACUGCUCUCUUCUGUUUGUUUUUCCUGCAGCUCAGAAAGGUUCUGCCAACCAGCAUCUAUUUACCCAGGGUGUCAGUGUUUGAAGUACCCAGGUAUGAGAAGAUCUGGUUUUACGACACGGAAAUGACAGGCUGUUGACUUUUUAAUCAAAUAUUUUUUAAUGUCAAUUAGUGUCACAAUAUCCUAAUGCACACAGAAUCUCUGUGAUCUCUUGCACAGAUCCAGUACAGAGGAUGGACUUCUGAAUACAACACAUGUAGAUGGGCAGGUAUUUAAGCACCAAUGAGUCAGACUCAUAGCCCCUCUUAAUGUCUUAUAACUUUUGACAAACUAUAUAUAUAUUUUUUUACUAUCCAGAUGCGAUGGGCUCCACCUAAUGACAGGUAAAUAUCCCUUAUAAUGCCUGAUGCUUUAUAAUCAUGUGAUAUUUGACUGGACAAUAAAUCAGAUAAGCACAGAACUCAAGAUUAAGUUGAUGCCUCCUGGUUCUAAAAAGUUUGAAAGAAUAAGAAUAAGAACUUUAUUCAGGGAAAUUCAAUAGAGAGCAUGAUUGUAUAAAGCCAUGUGCCAAGUAGGAGUGGGAGAAAGAAUCGAUACAGCACAGUCACACAAUAUUUUGUCUGGUGAUAUAUUGUAUCGUCUCAUCCACAUGGUAUUGAUUUUUUUUUUUUUCAAAUCCAUUGCUAAUUUGAACUAAAUUCUAUGAUAAUGGAAAAAUAAAAUCAACUGUUUGUCCAGUGAGGUUGGCAAAAGGGGACACCAUAGAGCAGGAGAGAGUUAGUGCAACAAAUAUAUAUAAGGUUUGCAAGAUGUGCUCAAUGAAAAUAAAAUACAGUGUAAAUAAGACAAACAAAAAGAAAAGACAAUUGCUAAAUCAGCUAAACAGUUAAAAAGAUGGUAUAGAUCUUUGUAUCGCAUUUUAUCGCAAAAUUCACUGUAUUGCAAAAAGUUCAAAAUCGUAAAAGUAUCAUGAUAAUAUCAUAUCAUGGCCCAAGUAUCGCAAUAAUACCGUAUCAUGGCCAAAGUAUCAUGAUAAUAUCAUAUCGUGGCCCAAGUAUCUCGGCCCAAGUAUCACAAUAAUAUUGUAUCGUGGCCCAAGUUUCGUGAUAAUAUCAUAUCAUUGCCCAAGUAUCGCGAUAAUAUCAUUUAGUGGACCAAAAAUCGCGAUGAUAUCGUAUUGUGGCCCAAGUAUCGCGAUAAUAAUGUAUCGUCGCCAAGGUAUCGUGAUAAUAUUGUACCGUGGCCCAAGUAUCGCGAUAAUAUCGUAUCGCGCGGCCCAAGUAUCGUGAUAAUGUCAUAUAGUGGCCCAAGUAUUGCGAUAAUAUUGCAACUUGGCCCAAGUAUCGUGACAAUAUCAUAUUGUGGCCCAAGUAUCAUGAUAAUAUCAUAUCGUGGGGCCACUGUUGAUUUCCACCCCUGGUGCAGAGGGGGCAGUUUAUCAGUAAUUACCAUGUUGCUUACAGUGCACGUCCACUUAAACGCUCCUCUGGGAUUCACUAGUCAAAACAUGUGGGACCCUCAACGGGAAAAUACUGUAAAAAAUAAAAACUCUAAUUUUAUAGGUUUUACUGCCUGGUUCAUAUAAAUGUCAUCCCUCCGUUGGAUGUGGCAGCUGUGCAAAUUGAGAUGCACACAAACCUCAGGACCCCCUACUACGAACCCAGCAGUCAGCUGCAACUGCUCACUGAUCCGGACAGCAUACACACUACACCUGUCGGUAGGAAACAGCCUCUCUCCAUCCAGAUGUGUCUGCAUGUGUAAGUUCGAAACAUGAAAUCUGCUUCCUUUAAAUCUUUGCUGUAUUUUCAGAGAGUUUUACAGCUACCACUGUCAGUACUCCUGAUGCGGAGACACAGCCUUCUGUAGUUACAACAGUGCUACCCAUUAUCACUACAAGAACCACAAGAAGCACCACAGCUGCUGGCCUCACAGCCGGCCCCUCAAGUGUGUCUGGUCAGUCUGAUCAUCUCAUCAUUCCACCAGAUUUUGGAUGCAUUAAAAAGGAAAUUCAUUUGCAUCAUGCACGGUUACUAUUUUUCUCUGGGUCUUCUCUGCAGAGCUGUAUUUUGAGGUCAAGCUCAAUGUCUCCAUCACAGGAGACUGGGAUCCAGAACUGGUUCUGUCUACAUGGGUAUACCUAACUAAAAACUCUUUUUAAUCAUAAUAAAGCAGGAUUAAGCUUCACCUAAUUUGAUUGUGACUUUUUACUCCGUGCAGCUCAACUCCAGUCUACCUGAUCACAUGAUGAUUGUACUCGACCUCCAGAUGCUCCCUAAAGACCGCAGGUACAGAGCACGGUGUAGCUGCCGAAGCAAAUGAUCUAUUUCUAGAAAUAUCCCUAUUUCACUGACAUAAACAGACAAACUUAACUGCAAAUCUCACCUCCAGACAUCGUCCAAAGAGGCAGUCAUAUCCCCACACCUCUGAUAAAGUAAGUAAACAAAAUAAAACCCUCUCUUGUACUCCUGAACAGUUUUACAAAACACUCUUCAGCUCCGACUGUAGCUACCUUACUUCCAUGGUUUGUCAAGCUAAUGAUAACAAACAACUCAUUCUAGCUCCACAUUUAACAUACAGACAUGAGGAUAGCUGCAGUACAUAAUUUAAAGCCUCUGUGAGAAACUUUCAGUCUGUGUUGACUUUGGCGCCCCCUGUGGUCGCUCCUAAUCUUGUACUCUGUAUGCUUAAAUAGUGUCCUCUGAUAAAAAAUUCUCAAAACUCAAAACUCAAAAUUCAAACAGAAUACGUUAAAUGUUAAAUAUGUUACUCUUAAAACUGAAACCCUGUCGAAGAAAUGUUACCAACAAAUGUCAAAUACAAAUAUUUUAUUGGAAAAGUUGACAGAUUUUAGGUUUAAUUGGAGUUUAAUUACAUGACCAGAAAAUACAGAAAUUGAUCUCAUCUAUUAUAUAUUUAUUUUUUUUCGUUUUUCAAUUAACUCAUAUAUCUUUUUUCUUUUUCAGAUUUUUAUAAACAAAGUUUCAAGGUGUGUAUCAUACCACUCUGUAUUGAGAAAGAACUUCAGUUAAAGUCUCUGAAGAACGACAACAAACAUACAAUAAAACUGAGCUAAUCUGAUGUUCUGCUUAUCAGAUAUAUCGACUUUGUUCCACUGAAUGCUAAAUUAAAUGAGGAAUUAUGGUUCAUUUAGAUUUGAAUAAUGUUGAUCAGAGAUAUUGAUUUGGGUAAACAUUUACAGCUGUAAUUAACUCUUUAUCGUCCUGCAGAGAGAGCUGUGUUUUCCAGGUGCAGGUCAUGAUGUCGUUGUCAGACACACAGGAAAUGGAAGAGCUGAUAAGGUUCCUGCUGCAGAUGCCGUAUGACAAUGGAUCCAUCUCUGUAGCGACGGAGGACAUAGAGAUAAGCCGUAUAUGUGAGUAAAUAAAAGAUGAUGUAAAAUGUAAGUUUAAAAAACAAGAUUUGAUCACUUUUAAUGUGUCCUAUUUUACUCCUUUUCUCCAAUGUCACGCUCUUACUUUUUAGUAAUAUAUAACUGCGUGGAACAAUCCCACCUCACGAGGAAAGGACUGUUUGAGUGGCCGACCAUUUCAGGAGGGAAAAACACAACUCAGCCGUGCCCCAAAAACCCUCGACACCACGCCACACGACACUGGUAAACACUUGGAUAUUUCAGUUAUUAGACCUUUCUCUUUUUCCUCAAAUCAGUGAAAUCACCUCUGAAAUUGGCACUUAAAGGGUUAAAAUCAAUAUCUAUUUUUAAAAAAAUCAGCAUUUUUUUAUCAGGACUGAGCUUGAUGAAGAGAUCUGAGGAAAAAAAUAUUGAAAAAAUAUCUCUCUGAUAUGUUUUCAUAGCAGCUUAAGUUAGUGGCUAAAAAUAGCCAGAAGAGGACGAAAGGGUGUAAAUUUUAAAAUCUGAUGCUGUGCAAAAAAUAAAAAUGCAUCAAAGUCAAUGUUGUUACUAAUAUUUGACAUAUCGAAGAGUGUGAUAUGAUGCAAAAAUCUAUAGCCUCUGAUCAUUUUUUAAUAUUGAAAAUUAGUUUUUGUGUUUUUUUUGUCACCAAAUCAGUGACAUCACCCCUGAAAUAGGCAUUUAAAGGGUUAAAAUCUAUGAUAAUCAUUUUUUAUAUAAAGUUCUGAUAAGGACUGAGCUUGUUGAAAAUAUUUCUCUGAUAUGUUUUAGCAGCUUAAUUUAGUGGCUAAAAUCAGCCAGAAGAGCAUGAAAGGGUGUAAAAUUAGAAGGGCACACAAGAGUUUAUAUACAUCAAGCACUAGUGAUACAUCCAAUGAGAGCUAAAAAAUGACUGCAGGUUCGACUGAGUAUGAACAGUAAACAUUACUCCUACAAUAAGAGGUCGGGCAUCUUUUUCUCUGUUUUACAUCUUUUUACAUGGAAAAUACACUGAUCGUACACUUUUGUGUGCAUGUUGUAAUCCUGACUUCCCGUAACAGUUUAAGUGUUUUUACCUGGUUGCUAACGUGAAUUUAACACAUGGCUACAUACAGGCCUUUGUGGGUAUUGACUCAUUUCACUGGUCUCUAUUUACAGAGCUAUCACGGUGUGUUCAGGACUUUCUGUGUGUUGAUUUAGUGUGACACUAACACUUAUCAAAGGCUGGGCUGUAAAAUCAUUUAUCAGAGGGAUGGUGUUAUCAAUGACAGCUAACAGUUAGGUAAUUUCUAAUAUCAAUAUCCUCCUGGCUGCCUCAGCUGUGUCGGGGAUGCAUAUUAUGUCAAUGUAAGACCUGGGGGAGUAAACGGUAGAAAGGAAAUCUCGCUGAAUAAAGAGCAAUUAGAGACGUCAGGGAAUUAUCUUUACAAAAGGUACUUCAAUCAAUAAAACAGGAGUAGCUUGUAAAACAAAUUCAAGCUGAGGGGGAAAAUAAACCCCCUCUCUCUCCUUCUCUCUCUGUCCCUUCAUCAGUAAACUGAGUCUCAAGACUCACUGGAUGGCCCCAGACCUGGAAGACUGUUCUUUAUUGGUGGAAACCAUCCCUGAUCUGGACCACGUCAAAGUCACUCCUGGUCUGUUACGCCAUCUGUUUGUCUGUCUUGUUAUGAAAACCUGCAAAUACUUCAAUUUAUCUAAAAUGUAUGUUUUUAAAUUUAUGGUUAAAUAUCAAAAGAACAAAAAAAUUGUUUGAAUAAGGGUUUAAAAAUGGAUUUCUGCUGAGACAGGUUUAGGAUGUCUUUUAGCUUUCACCGAGUCCUUGAUUAAAGGUUAAGACGUGCCAUGGUGGUAUUUUAAAUCCUUUAAAGACAGCUGCUCAUCAGAGAACUGAAUCUAGCGACUUUGAUUUCUUUUUUGUAACUUUGAAACACCACACCAACAAACUAGUGCGAAGGUCACAAUUUCCUCAUAUCUCUGUUGUUUAUUUCCAGACAAUGCGCUGGAUAUCAUUGACAUGAUUGUUAGCUUACUAAAAAACCACUCCACGCUCAACUACAAAGAGCUGGCCACGGUCCUCAACAAGCUGGAGGACAUCGUCAACCUCAGCGUGGUCACUCCAGCCCUGGGCCAAGCUCUUAUUGACAUCAUCUCAGACAUCCUGGAGUCUGACAGCGACCUGCUGCCUUUCACCAACACGUGAGGAUAAAAACCAAACACAAAAUGUGGGUAUGGGAGUGUACCUCUCAGUUUGAUAUCUGUUUACUCUGCUUCUCUCUUCGUCAACAGUAUCCUAAAUAUCACAGAAGCAGUGGGAGACAGGAUGGUGGGCUACGACAGCUCCUCCACCCUGCUUGCCCCAGCCAUUGCUGUAACAGUGGUGGAUGUCUUACCUGGGGAGUUUAGCAGUUUGACAUUCGGAGUGUCAUCUUAUCGUCUCGGCAAAAAGCCUGAGGUAUGUAAAGUUAGCGCUAAAACUACCGACAAACGCAGUAUUUCCUUUGAACCAACAAACUGGAAAGUACAAAUGGUACAGUCACUACGCAGAGCAGCUUGAAGUGCUGCAUUUUGCAUAGAGUCCACUCUAAAUGUAAAUCACCUGUAGUGUUACUGAUAUUAAAAGAGUAUGAGUAACCCUAAAAAUAAACUUUUUGUGUUGUAGAUUUUCAUUAACAGGUAUCCUUUGAACGGCUCAGUGGCUUUUAUUUCGCUGCCAUCUGUCCUUCAAGACAGUUUCCCUCAGAGCGGCUUCAACCUGAGUCCAGCAAGAAUUACUUUUCAGUUCUUUGGGCUUCCAGAGCUCUUCAAGGUACGUCUGUGUGAGACUUAUUUCUCUGUGAUAGGGCUGCACGAUUAAUCGAUUUUAAAUCGUAAUCGGAUUAUUUUAUCAUGACGAUGUUAAAAAAAUUAAAAUCGUCAAAUCGAUUUUCCUCUCCAUCAUGUUUCACACCUUGAGGCCACUGUGGGCUCCCCCAUUCCCACUCACACCAGUGUAAACAAACAUGGCGUUUUUAAAAGAAGGUGAUAAGUUCGUGGCUAAAUGGGACAAGAGCGAGUCAGUCGUGUGGAAUUGCAAAGUCUGUCUGAAGGCGGUAUCAACUCGUCCACACGGAAACAAAUUCAGGAGUAAACGCAAAAGUUUUUUGUCAUAUCACCGUUUCAUUCACACGGAAACGGCGUUUCAAGUGACUGUAAACGGUACUUUUUGAAAACGGGUCAGAGAGUUCAUAAAUCCGUAAACGAUGACCAUUUCAUCUCCGUGUGGAUGUCUAUUUGCAUCUCUGGAAACGAUCAUGUGACACACAACAUAACUUUUUUAUGGCCGAUACACGUGUCCAGCAAAAACAACCUUUAUACACAUGCUCUGUACUUUUCUUCUGUCUUUUGUGUAUUUCGUGUGCAGCGUUACAGCUCCACUUACUGGCUUGGCAUAUGCACUACAUCAUUUUCAGUGGUUUCGUUUUGAGGGGUGAUAGAAAAACUUUUUUUUACCUCCGCCAAGGAGGUUAUGUUUUCAGUAGCGUUGGUUUAUUUGUUUGUUUGUUUGUUUGUCUGUGACCAACUUUACGGAGAAAGUUACAGACGGAUUGACCUGAAAUUUUCACCAGAGGUGCGUCUCAGCCCCAGGAGGAUCCCAUUUAAUUUUGGUGGUGAUCAGGAUCGCCUUCUGGAUCCAGGAAUUUUUUGAAGGAUUCUUUAUCAUUGUGAGAUAGGGCAAAUUUGGGAAUUUUUGCAGUUAACUCUAUAAAAAUGUCCAGAGUCUUUAGUAAAAAAUUACACAAAAGGAUCUCAAUGAGUUUUAUGAGGUGUCAAAGGUUGAUCCUGAUCCAGACAAAAUUCCGGAUACUGUGAUCCAGAACACACAAAAAUAAGGGUGUCGUUAGAAUUUUCAAUGCUGAAAGAUAACCAAUGGGCGGCACAGUGGUGUAGAUGGGCGGCACAGUGGUGUAGUGGUUAGCACUGUCGCCUCACAGCCAGAAGGUCCUGGGUUUGAAUCCGGGUCAGGGCAUUUCUUGUUUUAGGAAAUUUAUGAACAGUGAACAUACCAGUUUAAACACAAAUAAAAGUUAAUAAAAGACACGUAACAGUAAAAGUUUUGCUGUGAAUCACAAUGUAGGGGGGACAUGAGCUGCUUGGCGGAGGUCUGCGCUCUCCGAGUGCUUUUCUAGUUUUUAAAGUAAAGUUUGGUGAAGUUGUCACUGAAUUAAAAAUCUAAAUCAAAAAUCGAGUUCUCUAAGAAAAAAAAAUCUUCAUUUUUGGCCAAAAUCGUGCAGCCCUACCUCGUGUUUGAAAGAAAAAUGUACAAAUCCAUCAGAAACGUCAGUCUCACUCAACAGAUUGUCUUAAUAUACCCAGACCAGCCAAAAGGGGGCGACCCUCAACACGUUUGUGGUGUCAGCCAGCGUGACCAACGCCAGCUCUCCAAUCAAAGACCUGGUUGAGGAUGUAAAAGUGACACUCCAACAUCUAACACCCAACAAAGUAAGAUCUGAUAUCCUGUAAAAAUAAAGAGAAACAUGUUCUGCUUCUUACACUCAUGCCAGUAUGACACUAAACUACAUUUAAUUUUCACCUGCUGGAAAGCAUCACAGUGAAGUCCAGUGUGUGUACUGGAACUUCAAUAAAAACCGUAAGUCCUCCUUGUUGUAAAUCCUCCAUAUUUAGUCUCACUUUACAAAUGUUGAAUGACGUGUAAGAUGCUGAAUGUCUGUGUCGUCAUCUAGACGGACAUGGAGGCUGGGAUGACCACGGCUGCAGAAAACACUACAGCAGCUCUGACUACACAACAUGCCUGUGUGAUCAUCUCACACACUUUGGAGUUCUUCUGGUAUGUGUGAAAUAUUUUAUGAUUCAGCUUCAGAGGGACUGCAGCGCAUUUUCAGGGUUUUGAUGAUAGUAUUAGACAAAGACAGGUGGUUUAACCCAGAGUUUGUCAGCAGAGGGCGCUCCAAGCACAACAUAUAAAACACAGCAGAGUAUGAGCAGCAAUUUAUGAGUUUGCAAGAGAGCCACUGCACCCCGCUAACACUUCUUUCUGCACGAUAAAACCCGACUGGAGUGGGUCAGAUCUCUGUUGGGAGGAGUGAUCUGCACUACAACAUGUCUUUUUGGCAGUGAGUGAGGAGGGCUCAGUAUUCCUGGAGUCACAUCAAGGUCCAGGCAAAGACAUCAGACAGCAGAAAUAACCGGACUUAACUAAAUCCAGGAUGUCAAUUCAACCCCCUCUUAAAAAAAGCCUGUUUAAGCAAGUGCAAGCUCUGGUUUGUCAUAGAGACACAAGCGGUUAGAGCGAUACUGAACAUAAAAUAAACAUUUGUGUUAUAAAUCGGGAAUUGAAAUACACAGAGAUAUUUGUGUCUUGUGUCUAAGGACCCCACCAGGAACCCAGUGGAUCCAGCAAAUGAGCAGAUCCUCACCAUCAUCACUUAUAUUGGUUGUGGAGUCUCAUCGCUGUUCUUGGGGAUUACUGUUCUCACCUACACAGCUUUUGAGUAAGUCGUUAAAGGGAUAUUCCACGUAAAAUUAAUUUAGGGUCAAACACACCACAACACCGAGUUAGACACCCCCCCCAAGAGAUGAAUGUUGGUGACCACUUGCUUCUCUAGUUAUACCAACUUUAGUAACGACCGCACGAUAGCAGUACACAGCGGUCUGAGGAGCCAUAAACAAACCUCAACCAAAACGCCACUCUAUAGCCACAAAUAAUGCUCAGAACAGCACCUAACUUCAUCAACAGUACAUAUAGGGUCCCAGCCAUAGUACUGGCCACCAAACAUCUUUUUAACUUUGCCUGAUUUCUUGAUCAAAGAGACUAAACACAACUCACCCGCUCUCCUCCAGCAGCUGUUUGUUUGUGGGGAGGGCCCUGACGAGUCAAUCACCAAGUGCAGCGGAGUUUCGCAGCUCAAGGAAGAACAUUUAUGAUCAUUUCUUCAUGGAAAUGCAAUCAGACUGAGACGCUAAGGCAGAAGAACUACCGCGUAUGCAGUGCAAAAUUAUUAAUAUGGCGAUUAUUACUUCAAGGAAAUGAUAAAGAAAUGAUGAUAAAUGUUCUUCCAUGAUCUCUUGAGGAGGUGUCUAACGGUGUGUUUGACCCUACUUUAAUUUUACACCGGAAUAUCCCUUUAAGUCCUGUAUAUUCUUUCUCUCCCACACACACUGUGUUGACAGGCAGAAAAGUGACUUUAAAACGACUUUAAAGUGAUAACAAAUGUAUGGUUGAAACAUUGAAAUCUUUGUAGAACUUUUUAUGACUUAUGAGUGAGACAGCUGUCUUAAAUGUCUUGGACUCUUUGUGUUCUCUCACCUCUUUAUUUCCGUCUCAGGAAGCUCCGUCGAGACUACCCGUCUCAGAUCCUCAUUAACCUCUCCCUGGCACUGUUGGGUUUGAAUCUGGCGUUUCUGGUCAACUCCUGGCUCUCCUCUUGGGGUAUUUAUGGCCUCUGUGUGGCGGCAGCGUCCACACUGCACUACUUCCUCCUGGCGUCUUUCACCUGGAUGGGAUUAGAGGCUGUUAACAUGUACUUCGCUCUGGUUAAAGUCUUCAACGUCUAUGUACCGUCUUACAUCCUCAAAUUCUGCGCGCUUGGAUGGGGUGAGUCUUGCUGCUGACCAACAGAUUUUAAAUUACUAACAUUGUAUAACUUCCUCUUCAUCUUUGGUUUUCAAGGCUAUGACGUAAUUUGAAAGUAUAUAAUCUGUCUCUCCAGGGAUUCCUCUGGUGAUCUGUGUCAUGGUGCUCAUUGUGAACAGAGAGGCAUAUGGAGGUCACCUCUACAAUGACGCUCAGUCGAGCCUGGAGCUGCUGGACAGCUCGGACAGUUUGUGAGUUUUAGCCUUUGACUGACCGGCUCUCAGGUUUCAAUCAAUAGUGAGACUAAAAGGAUUUUACGAGAUUCCUCUCAGUGUAUCCAGCUGCUGUCAUUCACUAAAAUAAAUCUCUCCUGUCUCCUUUAAAAAAAAUAUCUGUUUUAUCUCUGUGGCUUUACAAAUGACCUGAUAUUCAAGAGUUUCAUGCAAGACAGCAUGUUUUCACAUCCAAAUGCAGAAGGGAAAAGCUUUUCUUGGGUCAUUUUAAAGGCAAGUUUAGAUCAGAGAUCACAGACAAAUAUGCAAAUCUCACUCAUGUGUAGAAACACAAGUUGGGGCAAAUUAUGAGUGCACUAAAGACAUCAAUCUUUAACAUCUUUAUACAAUCAUGAUUCCCAAAAAAGUGUUGCUCUUACAACACGUCUGGUGAUGAUUUCAGGCAUUAACAUACAAUCCAAUCUUUGUUCCCACAGUUGUUGGUUCCAGGAUGACGUGACGUUUUACGUGUCUGUGGUUGCCUACGCCGUGCUGAUCUUUCUUUUCAACAUUGCGGUAAAUAUUUUGCACACUUCAUUGAAGACUGGCUACAUUUUGUCCACAUUUUGCUGUUCAGUGUAUCCCACUGUUCUUCUCAGGUACUUUGCUUUUGUUUACAUAAUUUUAUAAAUAAUUCAGGGUCCAUGUUUGCUGUUAGAUGCUGUUUAUCUUCAUAUUUGAUCACUCAAAAAUAGCUAAUAGGAUUCUUGAACAGCACUAAUCACAAUAAAUCUCCCCGUUGAUGGCAGCUGAACCCUUAAAGGGAUAUUCCGGCGAAAAUUUGAUUUAGGGUCAAACACAACAUAAAACUGAAGUAGACACCCUCUCGUGAGAUGAAUAUUGCUGACCACUUGCUUCUCUAGUUAAACCAACUUUAGUAACGACCGAACGAUAGCAAUACACAGUGGUCGACAUCUCCACGGACAAACCUCAACCAAAACACCACUCUAUAGCCACAAUUAAUGCUCAGAACAGCACCCAACUUCAUCAACAGUACAUAUAGGGUCCCAGCCAUAGUACAAUGCAAUCAGAGUUCUUGUGUAUCUUGUAUACGCAUUGCAGAUGCGGUAGUUCUUCUGCCUUUGCGUCUCAGUCUGAUUGAAUUUCCAUGAAGAAAUAAUCAUAAAUGUUCUUCCUUGAGCUGUGAAACUCCGCUGCACUUGGUGUGGCUUUUUGGUUGCUGCACUAGAGUGGUUUGGUUGAGGUUUGUGCGUGGAGACGUAGACCGCUGUGUAUUGCUAUCAUGCGGUCGUUACUAAAAUUGGUAUAACUAGAGAAGCAAGCGGUCGACAACAUUCAUCUCUCGAGGGGGUGUCUAACUCAGCGUUACGGUUUGACCACAACUUAAAUUUACGCCAGAAUAUCCCUUUAACUUUCUUUUUAAUGUCCGUGUAGAUCUUUGUGGUGGUUCUAAACCAGAUUCGCCAAAUGCGAGCCAACAGCCCAGCUGGGACUCGCAGAGGACUGAUCCAUGACUUAAGGGGAGUCGCCAGCCUCACCUUGUUACUCGGACUAACAUGGACUGUUGGCUUUUUUACCUGGGGACCGGCCAGAAUAGUUCUGCUCUACAUUUUCUCCGGACUUAACUCCCUGCAAGGUGGUUUUUCAUACAAUUAGGGAACAUACGUAUGAAAAAAACAUGUUCCCAUAACUCUUAAUAUUCUUAAUAUAUCAUUCACAGUUAAGGGGUUCUGAAUUUAAACACGGACUAGCCUUACUGGAUUUCUACACUUGACUUAUUAAUCCUUAACUUCUUUCCUCCCAUUGAUCGAGCCGCUCUGUGUUUAUUGAUUGAGUCAGUGCUAACUAACCAUGCAUGCAGCUUUCCUCAACAUCCCACUCCACAUUCACAGUUCAAAAGAAAACAAGAAAAUUUGUAGAUAAAAAAGGACAAAAAUCAAACAGCAGCAGAGUGAUGCAACUAUUUCGCAACCGCCUUUCCUUGGAUGGCCUUUGUGAUGUUACUUUCCUUUUUUUUUUUUUUUCUUUUCUGAGAGUGAUGCAACAAAAGCCCUCCACUCUCUACUUCUGGGAGAAAUGCCUUGCUCAAGUGCAAAUUAAAAAUGAAAAAGCCUGUGAGAAAGAACCAGUCCUCUCCUGCAAAGUUCAUGACCUUAUUGAAGUUUUGUUUGUGUUCCAGGACUUUUCAUCUUCUUCUUCCACUGUCUGAUGAAGGAGAACGUCCGGAGGCAGUGGAGGAUUCAUCUCUGCUUCGGACGUUUCAGACUAGAAGAGCACUCCGGUAAAACAGCUACAUACAGUCUUAUGUGACAACCAAGUUGCUUCAUUUUAGUAUAUAUAGUCGUCCACAUUUCCAAACGUUGACCCUAAGAAAAAUCCAUGUUCGGUAAGAACUAAGGACAAUAUAUUUUAAGGAACUUUAGGUGAACAUAUGGAGGGUCCAUAGAAGGAAAUACCAUGGCAGAACAUAUUUUGGGGAUUUGAGUGAUGUUAAACAUGGGUACAAGGUCCUUGUUGAGGAUAGUUGUCGGAGGCCCAUGGCUCCAGAAAUCUAGCACCAAAGUAUCCGAGGUAUUUGAGUGACACAGCUCCACCGCUCUAAAGGCUGACAUGACUGGCUAAAGAAACUCAUCCUAACAAUGUGCUUCUAACUCGGUUAGUCCACGGUACACAAACUCCAAACUCCAUACAAAACCCCAAUUGAAGGAUUUUAUAAACUCCCCCCGGACAAGGCUGGACAGCUCCCAAUAAAUUAAAAAUGAAAUCCUGGUCUUUAACUUUUGCAUAUCAAAAAAACUGCUCACGGGAGCUUUAAUGUGGCAAGAUAACGGGCAGACAUGUGAGAUAGCUUGGCAACACCUGUGUUACACACCAUAUUCCUAUAAUUAUGCAGAACUAUAUUAUAGUGGCAAAGCCUAAAACUUGAUGCUGCUGACGGUUGCCGACGAGCUGAACUUAAUUGACAUUAUGUGCCGCGUUUACUCUGGGGGGAAAUUAAAAUGUCCAACUUAUUCUUCCUUUAAAGAUCAUUUAUUGCUCACCAUAGUGCCAAUGUCCUACAAUGCAUUCACAAUAUUCCAUAAACAAUCCAACAAUCAAAGAUCUUACAGAGCCCCGGUGUCGCGGUCAAAAACUAUAUGCUCCUGUGCCGUGCAGCAACACCUGUCACCUGCCCAAAGGUUCUUACCUAAAUAAACCCACCUACUGAGACCCGAGGGUGACAUCUAGUGGUUGAACAUAUGAAUAAUAUAACCUUCGAAAAAUGGCUCUUACAUAUCCCACUCAACUUCCAACUCAGAGUUAAGAGUCAUAUACAGUAUGUUUUGACUUCUUGAUUAUCUGCAGUUAAUUUUGUUGUACAGCAGCAGUAAAGAUGAGGUAACAGGAGUAAGGGAUGACCACGCCGUAAAAGUCUGUAGCUGGGGGUCAAACCUCUGGCCACUGUGUCGAGGAUUGUAUAUGUAGAGAGCAAGCUAAACCUGCACCUCUCACCUCAAAACUCAGUUUAAGCCUGGCUAGCAUGGGGCCAAAAUGAUAGCGAAUAAAUUCCAAGUGAUAGGGACUCCACAGUUUUUACAGAUAAUAAUCGCAAAGCAACAACAGCUCAAGUGAGCUCAGCUGAAUGGAGCUGAAGCAGUCGGUGGAAAUGAGGCUUUAAAGUAAUGAGAAAUUGUCAGCUGGCAUGAGGUGAUCAUUUCACAAACAGCUGCUUCCGCUUCAGUUUAUUUUUCACUAAGUUUUUCUUUAUGUUGUUACUGUUCUGUGAAAAACAACACAGAAAAAGAGACUCCCUUCUUCGAGGUAAAUCAUAACACACAAUAAUAGGCUAUUUUCAAAUACCUGUGCUGGUUUUUGUCAUCCAGAGUGGAGCAACUCGGCGUCACUGGGAGCCGUGGCCAAACCCAGAUCCAAUCCACCACGAGUCUCCGUUCCAUCGGUGCGCUCAAUCAAGUCCAGCUCCACGGACAGCACAUCAGCCUCCUCCGACUCCAGCCGGAGAGAACUGGCCUGCAAGAGACCAGACCUGGGUAAGAAAGUGAAGCGUGGUCACUACAGAGCAGCUCAGAUCUUUACUGAAUGCAUAAAUAUUCAUAUCCAACACUCUGGCAGUGCUGCUUUUGGCCAAAUAGAUGUAAAUAAAUGCAAAAUGAGAGGGAUUCAGCACAAAGUCAAAUAGUUUCUACGGAAAUCUUUCAUGAGACACUAAAAUUUAAGGGUUUUGGGUUCAAUUAAAUUGGUUAAUGAGUAACUAGAAACAUCACUCUUUCUUUUGCCAUUAAACUCUUUCUUUCUAAUCCCAUAAUCCUCAGAUAUUGUAAAACAGUUAAGGUCGCAAUUAAAAGUUAUAAUUCAUCUGCUGAGACUCAGCUGCUUUCACUGGGAACGAGGAUGAUCACAGGUUUGGUCAGACAUCACAGUCCCUCUGCUCCCAGCAUCACAGUGAAGGUCAGCGCAUACAUUAAUGAGGCUGCGCUGACAUUAAAUAAUUACAUGUAAUCCUUUGUAAUGGAGCCGGUCUAAACACAGCUUAAAGGACAAAACUGUGAUUUCCAAAAGGUUUCUCUCACCAUCUGAGAGUUUCAUUUAGGUUAAACCCCGAUCUCCCUGACAUAUGUAGGAGAAAAUGUCUGUUGUUCACACCUCUGAAUUGUUCACAGAUGUUAAAUUAUCUUGCAGGCUUUUUUGUGAAUUCCCUGGCUCUCCCUCGAGCCCAGAUGAGCCCCUCAGGUACAGAAGCUCUGCCUCACCAGCUGGGGACACACCCGACACCUGGCUGGAGGAAUCACUUGCUCGGCUAGCAGGAACAAAAGUAGAGCAUAUGAGGCAUGGGGAACAUGUUCAUUUGCAUACACACAUCCCUGAAACAUCAUGAAAAGCUUAAAAACUAACAGUGGCUUUAGCACAUACUCGUACUGUAAUUCUUCGCCAGCCACAGAAACCUGUAAUUGUUGCCGUGUAGAGUUCAGAUAUUAAUGUGAAGCCCUGUCGUAUGCCUGCUUUAUUAGAUUAUUUUAUAUCCAGUUCUAUUGUUUUUUGUUUUAGCUAAAUAUUGAAAAAGAGCCUGCAAUUAUGAAGACAUGAGUAGUUGCAUCAGUUCCAAGGAGGAGUUGGUUGCCAAGCAACUGGUGAGUGGAGCCAUGGUGACAAUGAACCAUGG